AUGCCAACGCCCAACCACCUCAACGUGCUCAUUAUGUCAACGGACAUUCCGAACGCCAUUUGGACUUGUUGGACACAUUCGCACCAACUGCAGCACUCGGGCUGCACCAACCGUUGUCUCUCUUUAUCCACCUCAACUAACCUUGAUCGUCCUCUCAAAACGCCACUAACAUCCUACUCCUCCUUCUCCUCCACCGCUCCAACGUCUGCCUUUGUGGCGUCUGCCAUGCCCAUCGACACUACAAACAACCCUGACACACCAACAAACACCAACACUGCCACCAUCAACAACAGUGACGAGCACCUGGUCUCUUCCUGUCCCCAUAGCGAUCGCACCUUCACCUCACACAUCGGCCUCGUCGGUCACUUGCAAAUCCAUCGCACAGAGACUGGCGAAUCAGUGUCUGGAGCCCAAACUUACGUCCAUCGCAUCCGCCUUCACUGUCCACACUGA